AUGGUGUUCAAGGUCAAGGCGCUGUACGACUACAUCUCGAACCACGAGGACGACCUCAACUUCUAUGAGGGCCAGAUCAUCACCGUCACCGAUGAGGAGGACGCUGACUGGUAUGGCGGCGAGUAUGUCGACGAGAAUGGCGUGAAGCACGAGGGUAUCUUCCCACGCAACUUUGUCGAGAAGUACGAGCCGAGUCCCCCGCCUCGUCCUACGAGAUCGCGUCCCAAGAAGGAGGCCGAGCCCGAACAUGAGCCUGAGCCUGCUGCCACGCCGCCCCCUCCUCCUCCUCUUGUCCCUGCUCCCGUCGUCGAGCCUGCCCCGGAGCGGCAGGAAGCUCCUGUAGCUGCUCCCCCGCCGCCUCCUCCGGCGCCAGCAUCCCCUCCCGAGCCUCCGGUGCCCGCGCAAUCCGUCGAGGCAGCCCCUAUAUCCGCUCCCCCUGUGCCCGUUGCCGCCCCUGCUGCUCCGGCAGUCCCACACCCUCCUGUCCCCUCGGCCCCUGCGACGGCCUCGCCUCCUGUCCCGAGCAUUCCUAAGCCUGCUCCCCCGUCGCCCAAGCCCAGCGAGGAGCGCCCGCCCGUUGCGGAGAAGCCGGUUAUCGGAGGCUCCCUCAAGGACCGCAUCGCAGCUUUCAACAAGGCUGCUGCGGCACCCAUUGCCCCGUUCAAGCCGGCUGGUCUGAGCUCGGGCAGCGCCAAUCAGUUCAUAAAGAAGCCGUUCGUGGCCCCGCCGCCCAGCAGGAAUGCCUACGUGCCUCCUCCGACUCAAGUUCCCGUCGCCAAGAUCUACCGUCGAGAGGAGGAUCCUCAAGUGAAAGACCAGGAAGCCGAGGUUCAGGAACAAGCAGCCAAGGCCGGGCUUGUUACCAGCUCCUCCACGGCCGAGGGCGCUGCUGAAGAGGACCAGCCCAAGCCCAUGAGCUUGAAGGAGCGGCUGGCCCUGCUGCAAAAGCAGCAGAUGGAGGCUGCUGCCCGGCAUGCCGAAGCUCUUGCCAAGAAGGAGAAGCCCAAGAAGCCGCCCAAAAAGCGCCUGGAAAGUCACGAGGCUGCUCCUGCCCCUGCUGCUGCUGAGGGCGAGGAGGCCGAGAAGCAUGGGCUUGGAGAAACGACGACCUCCGCUGAGGAGUCUCAUCCUCCGCGUGUGCCAUCCGGUCGCCGCAGGUCCUCAAAGGGCCCCGAGCCUCGUGAUGGCAACGAGGCUGACAUGUCUGGCGCUGGAGAGACUACCGAGGGCCAAGACGACUUGACCGAGAAGGAUGAGAGCGACAGCAAGGCCAAACAUCCGGCUCCUCCGGCAGUGCCGAAACAUGAGGAGGAUGUCGGAGAAGAGGAAGACGAGGAAGAGGAGGAAGAGGAGGAAGAGGAGGACGACGUCGACCCUGAGAUUCGGCGCAGGGAAGAGCUUCGCGCCAGAAUGGCCAGGCUCGCUGGCGGUGCUGGUGUGCCAGGCAUCGCUCUUUUCGGUGCUCCGGCUCCUGUGCUGCCCAAGAAGAAGAAGGCUGCGCCUAAGCCUGCUGAGGAGGAGCACUCGGAGCCUGUGCGCAUUGCUCCUAUCCCGCUGCCUGGUCUGAUGAGGGCUGCCCCGCCGCAGGAGCCGAAGCAGCCUGAGCCUGAACAUGAAUUUGUUGAACAGGAGCCGGAAAAGAAAGAGAAGGAGAAGGACGAGGAGAAGAAGGAAGAGCCUGAAGCCCGUCAGCCUACUUCUCCUCGGGCCUCUACCCCGGCAUUUCCGUCCCACGAGCCGGAAGCGCCGCCUCCUCCUGUUCCUGGCGGAAGACCAGCUCCUCCGCCUGUUCCUGCUGUUCCUGUGGACUCGCGCCCGCCGCCCCCGCCGCCCCCGGCUGCUCCGACGGCUCCGAUAGUCAAGUCCACUAGUGAGGGUUCGGUCUCGGAUGAUGAGUACUCGGAACGUCCAGGUGAGGAGCCUGAUACUCUGAGUGGCGAGGCUGCUCCUGCUCGUGCUCCUGCUCCGGCUGUCGGAGCCCCUCCUCCUCCUCCUCCUCCUCCGCCUAUUCCUGCUGGGCCACCUCCGAUCCCAUCGUCUGCCCGUGCUUUUCAGGACCGCAACCGCAGGUCGAUUAUCGAGGACGCAUCGCCCAUCUCUCCUCCGCAGUCUCCGUCGAGCAAACGCGACAGCAGGCCGCCUCCCCCCAUUCCUCCUCCUCCCGUACCUGCGUUGGCCCCAGCUCCUCCCAUUAUCCAGGCAAGGCCUCCGCCGCCGCCCCCGACUGCUGCUCCUCCGUUGCGUCGUGAGUCGACGACUGACGUCCCGCCUCGUCCCCCGCCACCUGUGCCUAAGGCCCAGCCACAGGAGGAGAGCGACCAGGAAGGUGACGAAGAGGUUACUGAGUAUGAAGGAGACUAUGACACCGACAUCGCCUCUGAGCGGCUCCUCCUCCUCCUCCUCAAAUCCCUAGUGUUCCCCCUCCGGAUCUUCGGCAGUCCGUCGACAUGCCGAGGGCCCCGCCGCCCCCCCUCCCCGCCAAAGGAGGCGCUGACAUACGAUAACGAGUACGAUCCAUACAACUACAAUGCUGCUGCUCCUGCUGCUCCUGCUGUUGCUGCUCCCAGUGCCCCUGCUCCCAGCAUCCCUGUAGCGCCAUCUUUCCCUCCCCCGCCCCCUACUAGCCAACCUCCUGCUCCUGCUGCCCCCGUAACUCAAGCCAAGCAGGAAGAGGUCUACUAUCACCAGGAGCCCCAGUCCUAUGCUGUUCCUCAACAGGUCCCGAGGUCGCCCCCUCCUCCCCCUCCUUCGAGUCGGGGUCGGCAGUCUGUCGACAUCCAACGGUCCGGCUUCGGCCAUGGCCAUGGUCGCCGAUCCAUCGACGUGGCACGUCCGUCAACUUCGAUGGACUCAGGCUACGUUGCCAACGAUCUUGACUUGGCUAGCCACACGGGCUGGUGGUUGCAGCCCAACGGCCUGCCGCCCCAGUUGCACGGCCGCAAGGACAUCUUCUCCGAAUCCGAGGAGUCCACGUCGACCGACCAUGGCAAGACUGUCAUCACACGCGACAUCUACAUCCUGUACCAGGACUACUCCCAAACCAUCAUCACCGUCCGCUUCAACCCCAACGACCAGUCCGACGUGCAACUGGAACAGCGCCAUGAGGCUCCUCCUCGUCCCCCGCGCCAGGACCAGCUCGAACAGGCCUAUGACCGCUUCGGCCGCACCAUCGCCGACGCCGCUGCUGCCCGCAAAGACACCGUCGUCGGCGACGGUACCCCGCACGCCCUAAUCUACGACCUCCUGCGUCCCCUGCGGGAUGCCCUCCUCCCCGUCGGUAACCGUGCCUACGGCGCCUUGGUCUAUGCCAAUCUAGCCAACGCAUCAACUCUGCAAAACGACGAGAUCCGCCCCGGCGACAUCCUCUCCAUCCGCAACGCCAAGUUCCAGGGUAAGCAUGGCGCCAUGCACGCAAAGUACACCAUGGAAGUGGGUAAGCCUGACGGGCAUGUGGCGAUUGUUGCGGAGUGGGAUGGGACCAAGAAGAAGGUUCGCGCAUGGGAACAGGGUCGUGAGGGAGGGAGUAAGAAGGUAAAGAUGGAGAGUUACAAGCUGGAUGAUUUACGCAGUGGCGAGGUCAAGAUUUGGAGGGUCAUGCCCAGGAGUUGGAUUGGCUGGGAGGGGGCUGCUCCCGGGAGCGGGAAUUAG